AUGUAUGCAUGCUUGCUGUACAUAGGUUCGGCAGGCAGACACGUACAGUUCCUGAGGGAGGUUCAAGUCGCUCAGCUGCAGGAGGAGAUACGACAUCCACACGGGGUCAAGCUCAAGGUCAGGCGCUCCGACGCCAAGCACAACAUCGCGUUCGUCGAACUGCUAGGCGCGAUCUGGAUUGCUGGCUGGAGGCAGAGGCAGUGCCCGCAGCUGCACAAUGCGUUUCACAUCGGCGACAGACUAGUGCUGAUCAACCGCAUGCGCGUGGCAAGCCUUCAGGAUGUACAGCGCGCGUUGAAACGAAUACCUGACGAUGCG